AUGGACAGAUCAUCAAGUGCUGGUGAACUGUCCGUCCGCAGUCUCAAUGGUCGGGGUGUGCCUUUGCAGCUGAAAAAAUCUCGGUCCGGGGUGCUGCUGCCUCCUUUGUCGGCGACAUCACCAGGCUUGCCAUCAACGACACGCCAGCUCAAGACCCAACCGUUCUGCAACAAUGCAUGGUCGCAUGAGAAGUCCUACACUCUCGGCCAUUCUCGUGCAUCCUUCGGACGGCUUGAGGCAUGGCCUGGCGAGCAGGCCGAAGUUCGGCAUGCUGCCAGAGAAGCGGCGCAGGCGCGGCAACAGCCAGUCUCAACUGAAGAGGAGGCCAUCGCGAAGAAGUUGGUCGACUUGGAUAUGCCGCAUCUGGAUCGGAUCACGAGCAUGUACAUUGGACACAGCUUUGCAGAUAUUGACGGUGAUGGAGAGAAGUCUGUCGAGGAGGUUCUCCCUACGCAAGAGCUGGGCAACUUGUUGAAGCAGAAUAAUGGUGGCAUUGAGGUGAAUGAAGACGAGUUGGAGAGCCAGGAGUUGCAGCAAAUACAGACUGGCGAGGAUGCUAUUGCAUAUUUCGCCAAGAGUGGAAGCGUCUCGAAGACGAAGCUCUUGUAUGCCAAUCGUGUAGAGACCGAGCAUUUUGCUCCGUAUGACUUGAUGGUUGUGCCAGAGGAUCAGGUAAACCCGGAGUAUUUCACUAUCUCUGCCACCGGCAUUGUGCAUGUGGCACCUGGUCUCCUCUCCGAGUGCAUCUCCCUGACGGAAUGGAUGCAUCAGAGCUUGAUGUUCCGCGUGCUGCAGUCCAUCAACUUCUUCAAGUUUUACAUCCACAAGAAAGUGAUCACUCAGUGGUGCACGAACGCACGAUACGAGGUCUACUGCCACCAUAGGCAGCGUCUCAGCAGGUGCUGUUUCUUCGCCAAGCCCACCUUUGUGGACUCCCUGGUGCAAGUGAACAGCCUUGUGCGCGAAGUGGAAGAAGUGAAGAUCAUGCAUGUUGACCAGAACUACUACACGGUUCAGGAGUUCAUGGAUAAGCAGCAGCAGAUCCGUGCCAGCCCUGUCAACAGUGCACAAAAAGAUUUUGAGCAAAAGCAUGAGGCUGCAAUUGGCAUCAUUGAUCGGCUGAUUGCCACCGUGCAGCGCUCCUUGCAGAUUGAGCCCGCUGUAGACCAGCUGUCUGGCUCCAAGUCAAAGUCCAUGGUACAGGAGAAGGAAGAGGCACGUGAGAAAGCACGACUCCAGCGUAUCGCAAAGAGGGACGAAGACCUGCUAGGCGACUGCAUCCGGGUUAUUGACUACAUGUUCCAGGCUGCACUGGUGCAGACAGCUAUCGAAGCUGUCAAGGUGUUCUGGAACCGCUUGGACCAGAAGAACGCGCCAAAGCUUUUCGUGACAAACGUGGAUAUGUCAGACCAGGGCAUUUCCUUGGAACCGGGCAAACACGAAUUCAUCGAGAUGCUGUUUAUGAUUUCUGAUGGCUGGUUUCAGACGCUGAACAUGUUGCAGUCAAUUACCUGUGUGCGCCAGUAUGACCAGUUCUGCCGGGUGCAGCACCAUCAGACCGUGAAGGACAUACUGUUGAAAGACCGAACCUUCGUGGGAUAUCAGGCAUGUCUUCAAGACUACAUCACGAGCGCCGUUGAAGACACGCAGGCAUCUGCCAAUUUGAUGUACGAGCCCUUCCGGCCAAUCUACGAGUUUGGCAAACAAUGGGACGAGGAUGCAUUCAACGAUAAGGAGAAUGACUAUGAUGCGCUGUAUGAUCAAAUGUCCAAGAUGAGAGCGUUUCAGCAUGAUCUGGACAGGUUCAAACUGAGCCCAAUUUGUGGCAUCAUUCUGGUCAAUGGCAAGAGCUUGAAAGACAGAUUGACGCCUAUCCCAGAGGCUUCGUUGAACUUCCUGAAGAACUGCCUCAUUGGCUUAGCCCGGGACAAGUGCAAGGAAUGCUACAGCCGCUACGACCAGGUGAACAAGCUUCUAGAAGAAAGAUCGAAGGACCUGGGCAAGUUUGCCAACUAUGUGAAGAUGUAUCACAAUGUCCAAGAUGAGAGGGCGGACAUGGAGGACCUCCUGUUCGAAGUUGAGCAGAUGUACUCUCUGAUAAGGGAGUACAAAGUGAGGAUGCCCGGUGACGACGAAGUUGUCUACGAAGGGCUCAAGGCAACCGAGAGCGAUUUCACCAACAAGAAGAUGAUCGAAGCCAGCCAGUUCAUCGCCGAGAUGAAGGAGGAGAUGGCCCUGGAGACGUACCAGAGGGCAUUGAAAGUCGAAGAGGAGAUGAAGGGGGUGACAGAGGAGCUGUUCACCGGGAGCUUCGUCGAUGCGGAGAAGAUCGUGGUUGCUCACGAGGUCUUGGAAGAGCUAGACAAGAUCUUGGAAACCAAGGUCAAAGUGCUGGAAGAGCGGGCACAGACGUUCACUGACUACGAGGGCCUGCUCGGCGCAGCACCCCAGGUGCAAGCUGAGGAGGAAAGCAACGGGCAUUUCCAGUUCGUCGAAGUCGCGAAAACUCGCAAGGUCUUCGAUGACAAGCUCAAGCUCUGGGAGGUGACUGCGCAGUGGCAAGAGAUGUCCCACAACUGGAAUGUGUCUGAGUUCGUGAAGGUGGAUGUUGAGUCCAUGAACAAGCAAGUCAUGGCUUCCUACAAGACCGCCAAUGGCCUCACAAAGUCCUUGGAGGGCGACGAAGUGGCAGUCCGAGUGAAAGCCAUGAUCGAGGAAUGGCGUGAGCGAAUGCCCUGCAUCCUGGAUCUCGGGAACCCAGCGCUUCGUCCUCGGCACUGGGAGAAAAUCUUCAAGAAGAUCAAUCUGGCAUACAAAGGGCCGACGUCGGUCAGCAGCAUCAGUCUGACGCAGCUGGAGGGCAACGGCAUCUUUGACCACCGCGAGUAUGUGUCCGAGGUGUCUGCAAAUGCCAGUGGCGAGUUUGCUUUGGAACAAUCUUUGGAGCAGGUGAUCGCUGCCUGGGCAGAUCUGGAGCUGCCGAUCAUGAACCACAGGAAUCAGAAGGACUUGUGGAUUCUCGGCGACCUCCAAGAUGUCAUCACCCUCUGCGAGGAUCACGGCGUGACCAUCGCGACCAUGAUGGGGAGUCGGUUUAUCCAUGGCAUCCGUGAGAAGGUGGAAAUCUGGGAGAAGCGGAUCAACCAGGCAGCUGAUGUGAUAGACGAGUGGUACACUGUUCAGCGAGCAUGGAUGUAUUUGGAGAACAUCUUCUCGGCAGAGGGCGUUUUGGCCACGGAGCUUAGGCUGCUCAUGGCUUUGACUUUACCGGAUGUCCAACCUUUCGAGACGCGCUAG